CCUACAGAAGAAAAAAAAAAAAGAAGAAGAAAAGAAAAAUAAAGAGCCCAAAAUAUUUCAGCUAACAGGAACUUAUACAGUCCAUAUUGUCUCCAUUAAAAACACAGAUUGUAGGUCCAGGUUGCCUGGAUUCAAAUACCAACUGUGCCGUAUUAAUAGCUCUGUGACUUUGAGCAAAUUACAUAACCUCUCUGAGAAGGAUUAAGUGAAUUAGUGCCAUUCAUUAAGACCUCUGUGGCAUAGAAAUGCAUGGUGCAAACCCAUCAUCCCAGCUUUCUGGGAGGCUGAGGCAAGAGAACUGAAAAUCAGACGCCAACUUGGCAACUUAGAUGGUCAGAAUUUAAAAAAUAAAACAAAAGGGCUGGGGAUGUAACUCAGUGCAAAGGCCCUGGGUUCGAUCUCCAGUUACCCCCAAAUAAAUAAAUAAAUGUGCUUAGCACUCUGUAGCACCGUCAAGGUUGUGAAGGACAAGGAACAAAUAAGCAGCAGCUGCUGACAAUGGAGAUGGAUGACUAAACGCAGGGUAGUGUUGUGAACUGGAUCUUGGGACAGAAAAAAAAAGGCCAUAGGUGUUAUAAGUAGCAAAAUCUAAACGUUAAGUUUACUGAAUAUCACAUUGGCUUCUGAGCUGUGACAAAUGACAAACGUAAGUUGACGGAUGUGGGAGGAAGUUGGGGGGAGUACGGGGAACUCGCUGUUUUAUCUUUGUAACUGUCCUAUAAAUAUCACAUUUUAAAAUAAAACAGUUUUUAAGUAUGUGAAAAGCCCAUCCUUGCUCCAGCGCCUCCUUCCCCCUCCCACAAGCAUUCUGGGUUCUCACGGAACCUUCUGGGGCUGCUCCCUUCUCCAGGAACCUCUGGCCUCCAGCACCCUCUCCCCCUGAAGUCCCAUCUGCCCUAUUUAUUCCUUGAGGAACUGCACUCAGUGUUUGUAUGCCGUCCACUCCCUCACAGCAGGCCAGUUCCAGGUUGGAGGCUUGUGUGUCCCCAGCUGCCAGCCCUGAUUGAGCCCAGCAUGCAGCAGGCUCUGUGGGAUUCUUGGGGGGGUGGGGGGCAGAAGGAUGCUUAAGUCUCAGCACUGCAACUGACACUGCCAGCAUUGACAGUGUCUCCGGUCCCAGCCAUAAGGUAUCCAGACUGUGGGCUUGCACCCCUACACGGGUGGUACCCCCACGUAUCGCAAAAGCCUCACAAGAACCUGGGUGACAACAUCAGUUUCUCAGGUUGGGAUGCUGAGGCAGAGACUAGGAAGACCUAAGGUCAUGCUGAUGUCAGAGAUCCAGCCCAGAACGAGAACCUAGCCCUUAAAACAGUUAAGAUGCCCACAACCUCCUAUCGCCUGGGCCCAAUGCAGUGUCCAAGGGUCCAGACUUCGCUGCCUAAACUGUCCUUGGAAUCCUAAAGAACCAUCCGAGGGCACCUACAGGAACAGACAAAAGGGGCUGGGCCCUGACCCCUGGUCAGAGGGAGGACUGGUUUAGGGCCACCUAUGCCUCCCUCCUGGACCAGAGGAUCUGGUUAGGUUCUGAGGACUGGAUCUUCCGGGCAGCCGCACACCCUUGUGGCCCCGCCUCGCGCCGCUAUGGCCCCGCCCCUCGCUCUGCUGGCUUCUCCCACCCACGCAGCCCUGGGAGGGUCCCGGAGAAGUUGCUGGAAGAUUUAUCGAGUACUGUGACGAUGGAGCAGCAAAAAGACGAGGCCACAUCUCAAGGGAACCCGUCCCUGCUGCCGUCACCUGAGACACAGCCGCCUUGGCCCUUCUCGGCCCUGCCUGCCUCCUUCCUGGGCAAACCGGACCCAGCUCACCUAGGGCUCCCCGAGCACCUGGCCUCUGUUACUGUCCCCAUCCGCCUGGACGCCCUCUCCUACCUCCUGCACAGCGCCCUGCUGGGGGCCUACAGCUUCCAGCAGACCGUGCCCUCCUGCCCCUGCUGGUCCCAGGCCUGCCACACCCAGCAGGAGACGCCCCCCAGGCCCCCCAGGGGACACGGGCACCGGCCUGCCCGAGGCUGGAGCCCACGGAGGUGGGGAGCUGGGAGAGCUGGGCUGUAUGAGAGCGGCAGGGCAGAGGGCACUGGGGCUGGUCCCCAGGCCCCAGCCAAGAGACUGCUGUCACCAUCCACACUGCCGGCCCAGGGUGGGAAGAGGGAAGCCCAAGGUGACAAGCCCCACCAGGACCAGCUGCCCGCUUCCCAGGAGGACUGGGACACGGAGUACUAGGACACUGGAGGGCAUCCAGCGGCCACCACAGCGGGGUUUCCUGGAGCCGGAAAGAGUCCCUGCAAGUCACCUGGCCCUGCUCAGAUCCCAAGCCAGGAGCAGACUGAUCCUCACGGCCCACACGGGCCCCUUGGUGUUCUCAGCCGGGCUGCUGCCGCCUCCCUCUCUGCAGUCACAACCCCUAAAUUCACCGCCAGCCCCCAGCCCCCAGGGUUCCUCCAGCUGCUCACAGCCCAUGCCCAACUCCAGAGCCAUCCCCAUCUGCCUCGAAGACCACUGUCCCCUCUGCCCUGCCCUGUGUCCCAUCCAAGCCCACUCCCUCCUAUCCCUCCUCCAGCCCAAGCUGUGCCUCCACCCCCACCUCCUUCAGGCCCAGCUUUCUCCUGGCGCUGGGAUGGAACCCAGGGCCUCGCUCCAGAGCUGCAUCCCCAGCCCUUUAAUCUCUGGCCUGGAGCAGGCUCUCCCUAGCUUACCCAGGGCUGAUCCCCCUCCCUCCAUUCAGGUGUGCGCCCCCACACCCCAGCCACUCCCUUUUCCUUGAGUUGAUCCUCAGUCCUUCUCCCAGCCCCACCUCAGCUUCAGCCUUCCUGCCUCAGCCCACCUCUGUCUUCAGUGUCCUUCCCCCCGGCCAGCCCAACUCUGAGCUCCUCGACCCCCAGGGGACCCCCAUCAGUCCAAGGUAUCCAGAUACUGCACCCUGCCCCACCACUCUCCCCCUGUUCCUGGAAGCUGGGAGCCCUGA